AUGAUAGGAAAUAAUGACGAAUACAAUUUAAACACACAUACAACAGAAGAUCAAGCUUUACCAACUCUUACUGAAAUUGACAUAUUAGACGAAAAAAACGGAACUUUACUCUCACAAAUUACACCCACAUUAUGUGAAAUAAAUGCUUCAAGCGGUACCAUCAUUCGUGAAUGUGCUCGGACAAAUAUUAUUUUGAAACCAAAGAAUCAUGAUUCGUGUAAAGAAAACACUAACCUAUUGAAGACUGAAAAACAAAAACCAAAGAUUGUAUCUUGUGUAACAUACCGUCCACAAAACCUGCGACCAAAGGAAAAAAUUAGAAAAGACUUUAAAGUUUCCAAAGAAAAAAAUAUGAAAGGCUUAAAGAAGAAGUUGAAACGAAGAGACAGUAAAUCAAGCAACAGUGAUAUCGAUAUGAGUAUUCACAGUGAUUCAGAUAUAUGCGGGAUUGUUUCCGAUCAAGAUGAGCCAGGUUCUCCUGUAGAUGCUUAUGAUUCUAAUUUAUCUAUAGGCAGUGAGAACAUAGUAGCGACUAUCACAAAAACAGGUCCUAAUUUAUGUUUGAAUGAACCACUGGUUCCUGUAACAGUAGAUCAUUUUUCAGAACCAGGGCCCUCGACUAGUUCAACGCGCGAAGAAGUUUCUGUAGAGUAUAAAAUAGGCGAAUAUGUUUUGGUUAGAUAUUGUUUUACAAAAAAAGUUAAUUAUUACGUGGGAAUCAUUUUAGACAAGCCAAAAAAUGGCAAGUUAAAAGUAUCUUUCUUAAGAAAAGUCGGCAAAAAUGACAACUCAAAAUUUAUAGAAGUAAAAUCACCGGAUAUCGAAGUAAUAGACUGUAAAAGAAUAUUGUCAAGACUGUUGAGCUUCUAG